AUGCGGCAAUCAAGAACAGCAUCAUUUCAAGACACAGACCUCAAAGCGUUAGCUGAAUGGACUGAUGCAGAACGAAAGUCUACAUGUCUAACAAUUUGGGUCGAUUGUUUACACAUGCAAGUAGCAUUAUGUCCUCCAAACGCAAUCAAAAAAACAAUUUAUCUAAAUCCAAUCAAAGUUAACAAGGCAUCUGACGUGAUGGCCAAUUUUGAAGACCUAAGAUGCGCUAUUGCGGCUCAAAAAUGCCAAAUAGGUUUUGCGACGAUGAGCUUUGCAGGUCCUGUUUCUCAGGAUCACGUUAUCAUUACUAACUGGCUCUGUGAAGCUCGUGAACGUGUUAUUCACUUCACAUCUUUACCAUUCGAUCUAUUUCCUCUUGAUCGUCGUUUAUUCAUGAAUGAUCUUGAAGCAGCGUCAUAUGGUAUUAUCGCUCGCUUUAUCAACGGAUCGCUUCCAAAGAUAUUUAAACCACUUUGGCUUGCAGAUCCUUCAGCUCCCUUCUUAACAUCGCUUGACGGUACAUCCCUUGUCGUCUGGAUCGGUGGAGGCCUCGGCGCAAGCUAUAUCAGUAGAGUUGAUACGGCAGAUUACAAUUGCGUUGUUUCAUCGGAAUCUGGCCAUGCCCAGGCAAAUUCAUUACCACCAUGGCAUCCAGAUUUCGAUAAAGAACGAGAAUUCCAGCGCUUUGUCUCUCAAAAAUUACACGGCGAAGCACAUCAAGCAGAAUGGGAAGAUUUUUGCAGCAUAAGAGGCUUAGAGCUUGCAUAUCAGUUCAUCAAUAAAACACGUGGUGGAGAACCAGCUCCACAAGCAAAAUACGACGAAAUCAGAACAAUGGCGUUGAACAAAGACUUUACAGCUAUCGAAGCCUUCAAGAUACACUACAAAUACAUCGUUAGAUGCUUACAAUCUUUAGUUCUUACGAUCAGAUGUAAAAGAGUUUUUAUCAUCUCAGAAGAUGAAGUUAAGAACUAUCCGAUUAUCGAAUCAUUCAAGGAUAUGCUUUAUGAUGUUUUCAUUGAUCAUCCGAGAUCAAAUUGGUUUAAGAAUAUUGACAUGUACACUCAAGUUUCUACAUCAACGUUCGCUCUUUCUGGAGGUUUGUUCUUGUCAAAGAUGUUUACUGUUACUCACCAAAAUCAAAACCAUUUUGAUUGA